AUGUCGCAGACCAGACGCCCCAGCCCUCCAUACCCCGAUGAUCGCCUUCGUCCUCUGCAAUCUGCUGCUGGCGCACAACGCACAGGAACUCCUGAUGUCAAUCCAGCAGGCUUGCGCCGUCAAUCCUCGACUCGUGCCAAGUUUGGUGCGAGCGAUCCAAACCGCCCUACAAUUUCUGGCUAUGCCGGCACUCCACCACCCUCUCUCACUCCAGGAUUCGGAGGCAACAAAACAAAGUCUGCGCCGGAAAUACCAGCCAAGGAAAAAGUAGACGACGAUGAUGGCCUGUUUCAGAAGCCUCCACCAAACCCUACCAUACCAGCAAUCCCUGUAGGCGACGAGGGAAUAGCUCAGUCUACAUACCAACAGUACUACCCUCCUCCAACAGCUGCCACUCUCCAGCCUCCCAGCGCUGGCAUGAACAGAUUGAGUUCGACUGCCUCUACAUCUACCACACGCGCCCAGCGAGGUUCUCCACCACCUCCAGAGACACCUAUACUCGGAAGGUCAACGGGAGGCUUUGAGCCUGCAUACCCAUAUGCUCACAGUGCCGCGGCGUCUCGCACCAACCAGUAUGCCAGCCCUGUUGCUCGUCCUUCGACCAUGUCGCCAUCACAGCAGCCAAUCGAAGUUCCUCGUCCUUGGACACCAACCGAACAACCUGGCAGCUAUCCACACGGUCCCCCGGUCGCCUUCCAGGGCGACACCGAGGUCCCUCCUGCGACAAACUACCAGAGUCCUACUCCCGCAGCUUACCAAAGUCCCUCUCUGUUGUCAUUUUCGCCUCACACACAUCCAUUGGAGCAGGAUAUGCAGCGGAUGCAGGUAGCAGAUGAACCUCCCCCAGCAUACUCGAGUGUGUCUCAGCAGAGGCUGUUCUCCGGAGCGAAUACUCAAGGUUAUGCGAACGAGAAGCGUCUGAGUAAUGCUUCGGUGCCUAGCUCCACGUCUUCGCAAGACCCAAAUCUCCGCAGACACCCAGCUUUUGCCAAUAAUGCUGGCCAACCAGCUGUACAACAGCCCGUGCAGCAGUCUGUUGCCUCUACUCCAGCCACGGCUCUGGCUCCUAUCCAGAUCCUGUCACCAAGUCCAGGCCCAAGUGUAACACCAGCAUCUCCCCCACCUCUUCCUGAAGGAUGGAUAGCUCAUUUGGAUCAAAAUUCAGGCCAAUAUUACUAUAUCCAUCUCCCGACCCAAUCUACGCAGUGGGAGUUUCCCAAAGGACCAACUCCGUUGAACCUUCAGGAACCACUCUCGCCAACUGGUACGUUCGCAAACCCAAUGGCUUCCCCAGCUCUGGGUGGAUUUAACCAGCCGUUGGCAUCUCCUGGCUUUCCUCCACAGAGUGCUUCGUACCAUCGUGACAGUAUGUUGAGCAUGAACAACCUUGCGAGUCCUACCGUUGCCGGCUUUACAGGCCCACCUCCAGUCGCGGGUGUGGAUAUGUACAAAGUCGCGCCUACGAACGGCGUCUACUUCGGUCCAUACCUACGCUAUACCAAUAUAGACCUUGAGAGAGGCCUUUGGCUCGGCUCCAUUCUUCUGGUCACAGAUGUACCCCAACCUCCUACCAUCCACAUCCACCAAAGCACCGACUUGUCUCCCAACCCUCGUCAACUGAAAGCAAAUCCAAUCUAUCAACAUCAACGCUGGACAUUUUAUCGCUACGAUGUCGAUCUGGUCAUGGACGAACAAGACACUAAGUGGACAUAUGCUAUCACAUCGCAUCUCGGUUGUACCAGAUAUGAGUUCCUUGUUGCCGGACGCUAUGAGACGAGCUGGCGCUUCAUCUCUCACUCUGGCAACGACUUUGCACUCAACGUCAGUGCGAACGAAAGAGCCAAGCUGGGAGGUAUUGGCCUCAUGUGGAAGGAUGUUCUACAAAAGCAUAUCGAGUGCGGUGGCUUUCACGCUCAGCUUGGUCUUGGUGGUCAAAUCUUUGGUGACCGUCUUUGGAAAGAGGUCCCCGCCCUCAGACAAUGGACUGCCAUGAGUGGAAAGGAGAACCGCAAAAACGAAGCUUGGUCUGCAAAGCUUGAGGAUGAUGUGUCACACGCUUACUUCCAUUACUACUCAAGUCACUUCGAUCAGCCUCAUGUGCGAGAAGCUUUCGCCCAAAUUCCUCAUGUUUUGACGCUUGACGACAAUGAUAUUUUCGAUGGUUAUGGCUCCUACCCCGAUUAUAUGCAACAAUCAAACAUGUUCAAAAACAUCGGCCGCAUUGGUACCGACAUGUACCUUCUGUUCCAGCAUCACACAACACAUGAGAUUCUUCGCAACGUUUCCGGUGAUCUGGAUCUGUUCAGCAUCACUGGCACCGGUUGGCACUUUGUCAAAUAUCUCGGUCCCGCGGUAGUUGUCGUUGGUCCAGACACUCGCUCUGAACGAGAUUCGCACAGAGUCAUGGCUGGACCCACCUAUCAAGGUCUGUUUCCCAAGGUCGCCACUCUGCCGCCGAGCGUGCAGCAUUGUAUCUGGAUGAUCCCUGUGCCUCUCCUCUAUCCACGACUUGAGACUGCAGAGCACAUAGCACAUACCAUGGCAACAGGCAAGAAAGCUGUCACCGGCACGUUUAAUAUGCUAGGUCGAAUGACAAGUUCUGUUGCUGGAGUCGUCGGCGCUAAGGGCGUCGUUGGUGACGGCUUCAGCUCGAUCAAGAAGGCUGUCGGAAAGUCAGGUCUGAUGAGUAGUGUGCUCAGCCCCUUCGGCGAGAUUGACAUGCUGGACGAGCUGCGAGAUAUGUGGACUCACGAAUCAAAGGACCUCGAGCGGACGUACAUGAUUCGUACUUUACAAGGGAUUGCACACAACAAGUCACUCCGCAUGACCUUCCUGUCCGGUAGCGUCAACGCUUGUGGUGCCGGCCUCGUCCAUGACCCAUCCCACCCUACAGAUCACAAGACAAUGUAUCAACUCAUCACGUCGUCGAUCGUCAACGCACCUCCGCCAUCCUACGUUCUCCGCCUGCUCAACAGCAACCCAAAGCAACCAAUCUACAUACCUCAAAACGGUCAGCGCAGUGCAGGACCACACCAACCAGUCCAGUCAAGCGACACAAAAGAAGACAUGAUGGAAAUCUUCGUGGCAGAUGUGAAUGGUGCUCCCCGCGAGAUGAAGCGUCUCAUGGGCCGCAGAAACUAUGUUGCCAUGGUUGCUUAUGAUCCUGAAGCUAUUCGGGGAUCUCACGGUUCUGUUGUUUCUAGCAACAAGGGAUCUAGUCGCCUCAGUCUUGCUGCUGAUUUCAUGGUGCAGAACGAAGGUGCGUAUGCGGCGCCUGUUAAGUACGGUCCUGUCAUCAUUCCCAGCUUGGAGUUUGGUCGGUGA